AUGCCUGUUUCCACAUCUCUAGAUUCCAAGCCGACGGUCUCACCGACAGGUCCCACUGGCGCUUUCAUGGUCGAGUUGCUGAUCUGGAACGGGUCGCCCUUCAAUGAUCACUGGGCUUAUUUUGUUAGGUCUCGUGCGGACCCUAAUAUCGGCGUAAAGAUACAUGCGACCGGUAAUGUGAGAAAUGGCUUCGAGUUCAAAAUUAAGCGCAGUGAAAACUUGCAAACAACUGAUGACAUCCCGUCGACAAGGGUCCCACUGCAAUGGUUAGACGCAGGGUACUUUGACGAGACGACUAUGCUUAACGACGGAAAAUACAAAAUUGACAAUAUGCCUGUUUGUCGUUUCGAGAGGAGCGUUUACGCGAUCAAAGCUCCAGGAAAAAGUCUGAACACAGUCAGUGACGGGGCCAAACCAGGUAGGAAAGUUAUUCAGAGGGAUUGUCAAACAUGGAUUGUCGAAUCUGCCGAUCAACUUCGCCGUGACAACAUUUUGAGCAAUGAGGUUGUCGCUUAUCUUCAUGCAAUUCAACAAUAA